CAAGAAAAACACGAGGAAGCAUGUUCUCUUUCUUUCCAGGGAUAAUUUUAAGACAAACUUUCGGGAAUUAACAAACAAUGGUGCCUGUUCAAUCGGUCGAAGAUCAGAUGAAAGCUGUACUAGACUGUGUGGUCACUGAGGAUAAAAUACCCACAGAUGUCAGCACUACGUUAAAGCUUUUCAUGAACAAACUUGAUGAGUGCUCAAGGAGUAACAUAAAGCGAUGCAAAGAGCGUAGUCUGGAGGAGGCAGGCCAGCUGCUGAGGAAGAUCCCCGUGAAGCAGCUUCAGUGUUUAGAGGAGAGGCUCCUCUUGCCACUCAUCAGGCUACUCGUCGCCAUGCAGAUGCAGAUGUUUAACAUUGCCAGUCGCAAAUUAGACCAGAUGUUACAACAUCUGGCAGAAGUCAAUCAUUUGCUGGUUUAUCGAGAAAUCCAACACUGUUUGUGCGCUAUUGUGGGAAAGGAUCAGGCAUUAUCCAUUGGAGACCUCCAGAUAGCUUGCAUGUUCCUGGAGGACAGCUCUAUUGGUCGUGAGCUGUGGCGAGAGGCCUGCCCUUCCUUGAUAGAUAAAGUGGCUGAGUUAUUCCCUGUAAUACUGGAGCAGGAGGGUUUGAGAAAUGGACCACUGUGUUACCAAGCUGUCAAGGUGUGUUUGCAGGUUUUUCAGCUGUUGCCAGGUGAGGUGGCCCCUCUGGUGUGGGAGAAGGAACAGAGGAGUUUGGCAGUGCAGAGCAUCCUACAGUCUCUAAUGGACAUCAUCCUGGGACAGUGCUCCAACAGGGACACCCGUCUCCUGGCUGGCACCACAGUGGCCAUGCUGAUUAACACCGUACUCGAGGGAGGGGAGGGAGGAGCAGCUGCCUGGAGUCUGCUACAAGUCACUCACUCAGAGCCGUGGCAGCUGUGUGUGGGUGGUCUCCAGGUGCAGUGCAUCCCCCGCUCGCAGGAUGGAGUGGACAGACUGGCUGUGAGCAGGGGUCUGCUAACCUGCUGUAGAAGGGGCAUCCUAGUCAGUCAGGUGGACACCACAGGGACUUGUCUACUCCUGGGUGGUUUGUUUCCUUUGGUCUCUGCUUUGUGUGAGGAGAAGCUUGACUGUCACUACUAUGUCUUUGAAGUGUUAACACUGUGGCUGAAGAGUGUUAAGGAGUGUCUAGCUGAGAUCUGGGAGGUGACCAGCGCUCCCCUGCUGCCCGAUGACUCUAGCCUGAGACAACAACUCAUCCAGGUCAUCUGGGACAAUGCUGAGAGUCCAGUCGAGGGUGUGUCAGAGGUUGUGCGCAGUGCAUUCUGCCUGCUGCUGGAGAUCUAUGAGAUGGACUGCCAGCGUUUUGGAGACACACAGAAGAACCUGCACAUUUCCUUACUCCACCGCAUAACCAAACUGCCCUGGGAGGCCAAAGCCAAAUACUUCCCCCUCUGUUCACUGCUCCCUUAUGUUGGCACUGACAUGGUGCUGGAGCAGUACUCCGAGCUUCCCAACCAUCUCCUGAAGUGCAUGUCCACCAAUCAUCUGUCCCCAUGUGCCUCAGAGCUUUACAAGUGUCUGAUCCAGAAGCAGCGGUGCGAGCUGUGUGAGGAACUGGCCCAGGAUGCUCCUCCCUUGGAGCUGGAUCUGGCCAAUCAGUGGGCCAGGCGUUGGCGGACCACUCUGCUGGAGGCCUUGACGUCUGACGUGACCCUUCUUCAGAACAACAGCUCCAGCCACUUGCUGCCCUGGACUCUGCGUGUCUUCCCCGCUGCUGUGGAGCCCCUGCUGGCCCCUCUAGACCCUGCCUCUCCAGGGCACCUCCAUGCCUGGGCCUGUGUGAUGAGUGCCCGCCGAGCCACUUAUGGAGGCUCCCCCUGGGCCCUGGAGAGUGGCUAUGCCCUGGAGACUCUCCGUCUUGCCCUGGGAUGUGUGGACGAUAGAGUCCGCCUGGCCGCCCUCAACCUGCUAUGCUGCAGCCCAAAGACCAAAGAGGCCCCGACGCCGGAGGAGCUGUCUACCAUGAGGACCUUCAUCCCACAGAACCUCAACAGUGAGUCGUCACCGUUCCGCCAGCACCUUCAGGCGGGGGUGAAGAGGUUUCUGGUCCGGAUCCGAGACAGCUGCCUGGCCCACCUCAGAGGACAGAAGGGAAAAAGGGACGGUGGUGUCAGCCUCACAAAGGAGACAGAGAUGGCACUUGAUCAGGGAGUAGGGUUUGUGGACUGGCUGUCCCAGCUGACGUUGUCCUAUCUGGCACCAGGACACAGCUACCAGAGGAAAAAGACUGUCCUGCUGCUGCUGUCUGCUGUACUAGAGACCUGCACAGACACCUGGAGCCCAGACAAGAAGAAGGGCCAACCCCCAGUUAACAUGGCCUCUUUGAUCAACUGGGCAAGGCUGAGAGGAUGGUGGGAUUUCUUCUCUCGAUCAAAACAGCUGGUCCUUAUUGGCUGUUUAGAGGAUUCCACCAAUGAGAUUCGGGAGCUCUCUGCAGGGUUACUGGUGAGAUUUUUCCCACCUAGUUUUCUGGAGGACAUUACUCCUGUGCUGUUCGGCCGAGCGGAACUACUCCUCUGCAGUCCCCGUGUGCCGGAGGCUCAGAUGGGAGCUCUGAUCAUCAAGGUCCUCCUCCAGAAGUCUGGAGGUCAGUCUCAUGUGCCCUGGCUGGACAGCCGUAUCAACUACGUCAGUUCUGGGGACUCGAAGGCCUCUACUCUGGUCAGGUAUCUACUCAAGGAACUCGAGCAGCAUUACCUGAUUGCUAAGGAUGAUAUGAUGCUUGCUGCAAGGACCAAACCCAUACACGGUAUUUUGACUGCCCUAGAGAGGUGUAUACUAGAGGUACCUAACACCCUGUGUGAUGUGGUCGAUCACAGAAUGACCAUAGAGAUCCUGGUUCUCCUGGAGAGGAUCACUCUGCUCCUACUGGGUGUGCUGUAUGGAGACCAGGAUGCCUGCGGUGAUGAGAAAGAUAUACCCCCAUCUUUCUGUGACAUGGGGAAUGCCAUCACCUCUCUGAUAGGCCAGGUGGCAGGAGAGGUCCAGGGGGAGGGGGAUGAGUGUGUGCUGCUGUCUGAGGAACACAGUCUGGUCCUCACCUGCUGCUGGGUUUCCCUCAAGGAAAUAGGAAUCUUUCUAGGUUCUCUGGUGGAGAGAAUCCUUGCUCAGGCCAAACAGACAGAACCCUUUCUAACUUUAGAAGACCUGAAGAGGGCCUCUAAAGUGUUCAAGAACAUUCUUCUCAAAUGCCGCCACUGGGGGGCAGUAGAGGGCUGCUGUGUGGGCUUUACCAGGUUCUGUGCCUGUCUCCUGAGCAGCAGUGACCCAGAGCUCAGGGAUAUCCCAGCACACAUGCUGAAGCAGGGCCUAGAAGUGCUGCAGUCUCGCUGUACGUCAGUGACCCGGCGGGCGGCAGGGCUUCCCAUGCUCAUCCUGUGUGUGGUGUCAGCAGAGGAGGCCAGUAAGGCCCGGCCCCUCCUGGCCCACAGCAUACACACCCUGCUGGACACAGCCAGGUCCCCUCUGCCCCAGGACUGGGACCAGACACUGGACCUGCCACAGGUGUGUGCGGUCCACACCCUGCAGGCCCUGGUACGAGGCUCUGGGCUGGGGGUGGCUGUGCUGCAGUUUGCCCCGGCUGUGGCCAUCCUGUCCCUGACCCUCCUCAGCUCCCCCUGCUGGGCCAUGAGGAAUGCUGCACUGCAGCUCUACAGUAAAAAGACAAUCUCUCCCUCUCACUACUGUAAUGCGCACACUGAGGACAGAGCUCAGGCUCUCUGUGCUCAAGGUUGCUGGGUCAGCGCUCUGGAGGUGAGGAGGGCUCCACCCAGCAUGGCAUGUCUCCCCCCCGCCUUCUUCACCCACUACCCUGCCCUGCAGCCCUUCCUCCUGGGGGAGUUGAGGGGGGCGGCAGAGGACUUGCAGGGUCCCUCUGGGGAGGCCCGGCUCCGCCUGCACCCCUCCCUCUACCCUGUCCUCACCCUCCUGGCCAAACUCCAGCGAGGGGUCCAAGACCAAACUGGCAGCACUCUGUCAGACUUCCUGAUUCCCCUGCUCCAGCUGGCUGCCAGUCCCGUCUACAGUGUGAGGGUCAUGACCUCCAAAGCAUUGGUCGCCAUGACGCCCCCCCUGCCAAUACGUGAGCACCCUUCUCAGGUUGACAGGAGAGCUGCCGGAGCCCCAGGACCCCAGCUGUCACAAUCGUCUGCAUGGACAGCUACUGCAGAUCAGAGCCAUCCUGGACAGGGGUCUAUGCACACAACGUCCUCCCCCAGACGCACUGUGUGAUGUGGUGGACCGUGUAGAGUCCAGACUGUGGUUGGUGACAGGGGCUCAGCACUGUCCCCUUGUGCGUGGGGCCUACCUGGGUGUGGCAGGCCUGCUGAGGGGGUUCUGCUCUCAGGGGUUCCUCCGCCAGAUGAGGGAUGUACU